CUGACCGGCUGCUUUCAGCUCGAUCUGGAAGGUUCCGGGAUGAAGAGGCAAUGGAGCCACCCGUCGGUCGCGCUCCCGCUCCUCGUCGCGCUGUUCUUGCUGCUCACGUUCCGGUGCUCCCUGCGCCACUCCCAGGCUCCUAGCCGCGGCGCCGACGCGCCGGCCGUCGACGCCACGCUCGCGGAGCUAGCGGCCGUAGACCCGGCGGCGGCGGCGGUGCUGCGGGACGCCGAGGCGCUGCUCGAGGGGAACCUGACGCGGGCGCCCCCGGAGCACCGUGACGCCGCGGUGCGCGCCCUGUGCGGCUGGCUCGGCGGGCAGCGGUUCGACCCGGGCGUGAUGGCGGAGCUCGUGGACCUCAUCAAGGGGCCCAUCGACCGGUACGCCGGGGCGGGGCGGGAGCGGGACGAGGAGGGCCGCCGGCCGUACGCGUCGUGCGCCGUGGUGGGCAACAGCGGCGUCCUGCUGGCGCGGGAGCACGGCGCGCUCAUCGACGGCCACGACCUGGUGGUCCGGCUCAACAACGCGCCCGCGGGGGAGGAGGGCAGCUGGCUCGCGCGCCACGUGGGCGCCCGGACCGGCCUCGCGUUCCUCAACAGCAACGUGCUGAGCCGGUGCGCGGCGCGCGGCGGCUGCCGGCGCUGCCGCGCCUACGGCGACCGCGUACCCAUCCUCACGUACAUGUGCAGCGCCGCGCACUUCGUGGAGCACGCGGUGUGCAGCGCCCCGGCCGGAGCGGCGGCGGCGGCGCCGGUGAUCGUGACGGACCCGCGGCUCGACGCGCUGUGCGCGCGGCUGGUCAAGUACUACUCGCUGCGCCGGUUCGUGCGGGAGACGGGGCGGCCGGCGGCGGAGUGGGGUACGCGGCACGAGGAGAGCAUGUUCCACUACUCGUCGGGGAUGCAGGCGGUGGUGGCCGCCACGGGGGUGUGCGGGCGCGUGUCCGUGUUCGGGUUCGGCAAGGACCCCGGCGCGCGGCACCACUACCACACGCUGCAGCGGGGCGAGCUGGAGCUGCACGACUACGAGGCCGAGUACGAGUUCUACCGGGAACUCGAGGCCCGGCCGGAGGCGAUACCCUUCCUCCGGGACUCCGGCUUCAGGCUGCCGCCGGUUGUGGUCUACAGAUGAUGAUACAACGGGCCUGUCGGUGGAGUGUCCAACAAGCGAUGGUGAAGAGAUUCAGUGUUUUUGUACUAAUUGUUAGUCAAGCAUAGUGUUUAGGUAACAUAUACACGAUUUUUCGUUGGAAGGGUAUACAUGGACCUAAAUGGGACGAUAUAUUUCUUACGAUAUGCAUGUUUUCUCUUUGAACUGAAGUGAUACCAAUUGGUAUCCAAGUUUACAACCACAUGAAGUAAUUGUUCAUAAUAGCGAGUAUAGUUUAAAAAAAAUCCCCAUUUGAUACUGAUAAAGUUGAUGCUUCCUU